AUGAGCGUCGCCGAGAUGAUCGGCAUCGGGGGGCUCGAUUCCCCGCAAGAGUGGCAGCAGGUGCCCCUGGGGCUGCUGUUCCUCACCUUCUGGGGCGUGCUCGUCAAGGUCCUGCUCUCCCCCGACGACGGCGGGGACGCGCCCAGCCCCUGCCGGCCACAGCCCCAGGUGUUCGGGUCAUACUUCUCCUCGCUCGCAUCGGCUCCGGCCGUUGCCAAGGGGCCGCAGAAGCUUGCGUCCGUCGCAGUUGACUCGAAGGAGGUCGCCGCGAUGCUCAAGACGCUGCAAGCCGCUGCGGACAGGCUCCACAAGGAGUCGUGCGCGGCCAUCGUGGAGGCCAUCGUGACGGCGGACGCCUCCAUCGCCGAGGCCACGCGGGCGAACCCGUACGUAGAGCCGGUGCCUGAGGAGAUCUCGCCCCCGGCCCCAGAGGCGCCGCCGGCCGAGGAGGAGCCCGCGCCGGCCGAGGAGGCCCCCGCCCCGGCCGCGCCGGAGGCGGCGCCGCGAGGCGGCAGGAGCAAGCCGGAGGCGCCCGCGCCAGCCGCGCCGGCCGAGGACCUGGCGCCUGCAGAGGAGGAGCCAGAGGCACUCACCGCGGGGCCCUCCAAGAAGACGAAGAAGAAGAAGGAGAAGGCAGUCCGCGAGGCGGCGCCUGCCGCAGAGGCACCGGAGGAGAACCCGAGCCCAGUGCGGAAGACCUUUUGGCGGUGGUGGAGGCGGCAGAAGCUGCUGCAGAAGCAGAAGCAGAACGAGGUGUUCCAGGAGCCGGCCAAGCAGAAGAAGAAGAAGAACAGGAAGAAGAAGCUGGAGAGAGCAGGCCGACGAGGACGAGGAGGACGAGGAGGAGGCCGCCGCGGAGCAGCCGCCCGCCGCCGACUCCUUCGUGCCGGUCGAGGCCCAUCCCGAGGAGGCGGAGGAGGCCGAGGAGGAGCAGGCCGACGAGGCCGCAGAGGAGCAGGUGGACGACGAGGACCCCGAGGAGGCCGCCGAGGAGGAGGUCGCGGCCGAGGCCGAGGCCGAGGAGGAGGAGAGGAGGAGGAAGACGCCGAGGCGGAGGCCGAGGCGGCCGAUGCCGAGGAGGAGGAAGAGGAGGAGGAGACGCAGAGGAAGAGGAGGAGGACGAGGAAGCCAAGGACGAGGCUGCAGAGGAGGCGGCGCCCGAGGAGGCUGAAGAGGAGGCGGCGGCCGAUGAGGCUGCAGAGGAGGCGGCGCUCGAGGAAGGGACGACGAAGAGGAGGACACGGAGCCUCCGCCUCCGCAGCCGCCCACCGAGAUCCAGAAGAACAUCAUGAAGGUGAAGAAGAAGAUCCGGGAGAUCGAGGACCUGGAGGCCAAGCAGGAGGCCGGCACGACGCUGAGCGCGAACCAGGUGGAGAAGGUGGCCAAGAAGGCCGGGCUGCAGACCGAGCUCGAAGACCUCGAGAACACGCCGGAGCCACACACGAUAGAGUGGAAAGCCACGGUGGUCGACCACAUGAAUCCGCUGCACGGCGUGAUGGUCAAGGUGGAGGGCCAGGUGUGCGGCGAGGGCCUUUCCCGCUGCUGGCGGCGCACAUGGAUCCCCCCGUCGCCUUGGACGACCUCAACUCCAUCAUUGCCAAGUACCCCAAGGGCGCGGACCUGAAGGUGCGUGUGCUGCGAAAUGGUGAGAACGUCACCGUCAUGUCAGUGGAGAAGGAGGAGAAGCGUUGGAAGGUUGUGAAGAUGAUCGCAGAGAGGCUCGAAGAGCUCAAGAAGGAGGAUAAGCGAGUCACCGAUCUGCUUUGGGAGAAUUGCGGCACCUGGUCCGACGAGGAGUUCACGGGCACCACCACUUUGGUCAAGGACGGACUUCGGAGUGAAAGUGCUCACAUCAUUCGGCAGGUCCGUGCUUGUGAGGCCGGACGACCUGAAGGGCGAGUGGCGGUUCAAGGACCCGACCUCCGGCCUCGCGAGGCCAAGGAAGGACGUAGUGGAGAUCGGCGCGACCGUGCAGCUGCGCCUGAAGUACGUGGACAACCACAAGAGGGAGAGGAGGACCAGAACUAUUUCGGCUCAAUGAUCGUGAGCAAGUAG